AGCGAGACAACCCCUGGCUUUCAGCCUUGCAUCCACCAAAUGCCAGCCUUACACUAAAAGAACUGCGGGAGCCAGGAAGUCUCUCUCCGCACAUUGAUAUCGCAGAUCCACCACUCCUGCAACAUACUCCCAUUGUCUGUAUAUUAACAACCACAACAAUGGCCGGUGAUACCAGAGAUACCUCCUCCUCCUCUUCUCCCUCCCAAACACCGCCACUCCCACCACCCAGUGCAACUUCCCCUCCACCGCAGAUAACAUCCUCCUCUCCAAAGACUUACGAAGUCUUCAACUCACCACAGUCGCCUUCAAAACCACUAGCCGGUCCAGUCUCUGCCAAUGCUUUACCAGAAGGUUCAGGGCAGAAUACUGCAGGUGGGCAGAAAGAAGUGCCCACGCUAGUGAGCGCCAUCAAGACAGUUCGGAUCCAGGAUUUCAAACAAGUGCAUAUGUAUCCCUGUGUGCGGGAGAGUCUGUUACUGGGAAUUGGUGGCGCAUUUGGCAUGGGAGGUGUGAGGGCACUUUGGGGUGCACCAAUCCCCAAAGCCGCCAAUUGGGCCGUCGGAACCUUCGUCUUCGCCUCCUUCGCCAACUACGAAUUUUGUCUGUAUCGCCGCCGUUUAGAGCGACACCACAUGAAACGCGCAGUUGAAAUCAUAGACCGCAAGAAAGCGGAGAAGGAAGCCGCAGCAAAGAUUAAGAGAGAGGAGAGGCGGAGGGCGAAAGAAGAAGCGGAUAGAAAGGCGGAGGAGGAGAGGAGGAGGAGAUGGUGGAAGGUUUGGUAGAGGGAAUAGGGGGGAAAGAGCUGGGGAAGAGGAGUGUACUACUUUAUGUAUCAUGAUGUGAUCUUGUAAGUUAACCGAACGCUUGCGGAUUGUGUAUCUGCUGUAUAUAAGCCAUGUGUUUGCAAGCGCCAAUGCGUCCAUCUGAGUUUGAUGCCCGCCAGACAGAUCGGCCCAUCUCCACCCUUCCUAAUCAAACAAAGAAUGGCCUGCUCUCCUGAAUGAAGCAAAACUAAAUCACCCAACGAGCCAGCUCCAUAUUACUCAAUCACUUUUCUCUUUUUCUCUAGUCAUUUCGAUAUUCAAACAGCACCGCACCGUGAGUAUCAGGCAGAUUAGAACUCCUAAGCCGCUCUCUUCAACCCAGCAGUUUCCUUCCUCGGUUUCCUCCAGCAUGCCGCCUGACCCAAAGAUGAUGAUCUGGUCUGGUCUAGUCAGCGUGAAAUCAGCCUAACGAACAGUCAAUACCACUCAACUACUCCACAGAAACCCUCGUCAACACUACAAUAACUUAUGAUUUGAGAUGCGUCAGCGUCAAAGGAGCGUGCGUACCAUACACACAUAUGAAUAAGAGCCGAACGAUUCUAGUUGUCAUAGGCCAAAGAAAAAAAAUAUAUCUCUUCCAGUCGCGCGCAUCAGCCAGCAGAAAUACAGUUGUCAAAAAAUAUCUC